GUGAAACCAGUUAUUAAAAGGACCUCAGUUUGCCCAUCAUCGGUCUCUUACAGACUCAAACCUGUUGCCUCGAAGACCUUCUGUGGAGAAUCGGCGAUAACUGUUGUCGCUUCUAUGUGGAAUGGAUUAUAUGUGGAGUUAAUUGGCUUUUGCAUCAUCCUGCCCUCGCCCUGACCCUCAUGAAGACCCCUGUCUCGCUCAGUCCGUGGAGCUGGGAUUUACUCCACUUUCAUCUGUACCACCUUGCCUGGGCAAAAAGAGACUCCAAGUCCCAUUCAAUGAAGUCUGCAGCGUGUUAACGCGCCUCAGAGACUGCUGUUUAUCUGCAGAGCUCAUCUGGCCCCACUGAAGAGUCCCUGACAAGGUCCUCAUUUCUGUAUAACUUGCUGAAAUUUUGAGAGAGAAAAUGGCACCUGCUGUUGGUGGUCCUGUAGGCUACACACCACCUGAAGGUGGCUGGGGGUGGAUGGUGGUGGCUGGGGCCUUCAUCUCUAUCGGCUUCUCCUACGCCUUUCCUAAGUCCAUCACUGUCUUCUUUAAAGAGAUCGAGGCAAUCUUCGAUGUGACCAGCAGUCAGGUGUCCUGGAUUUCUUCCAUCAUGCUAGCAUGCAUGUAUGGUGGAGGUCCCAUCAGCAGCAUCCUGGUAAAUAAAUAUGGAAGUCGUCCUGUUAUGAUGGCUGGAGGAUGCCUGUCUGGACUGGGUCUUGUUGGUGCUUCCUUCUGCAAAUCUGUUGAAGCUCUGUAUUUUUGUAUCGGCGUUGUAGGAGGUCUUGGAUUAGCCUUCAACCUCAACCCUGCCCUCACAAUGAUCGGAAAGUACUUCUACAAGAGGCGGCCUAUUGCUAAUGGAAUAGCAAUGGCCGGCAGCCCUGUCUUCCUCUCUACCCUGGCUCCUCUGAACACUUGGCUCUUCGACCAGUUUGGCUGGAGAGGAAGCUUCCUGAUUCUGGGUGGCCUGCUCUUUAACUGCUGUGUCGCUGGUUCCCUUAUGCGACCCAUCGGACCAAAACCCAAACCUGUGGAGAAGAACACAGAGAGGAGGACUGUAAUGUCGACCAUUAACAGCUUCAUUGAUCUGUCUUUGUUCAAGCACCGUGGCUUUUUGCUCUACAUCAUGGGCAACAUUAUCAUGUUUUUCGGCCUCUUUGCACCACUGGUGUUCCUCAGUAAUUAUGCAAAGAGUAAAGAGAUCCCUAAAGAGAAGGCAGCUUUCUUACUGUCUGUGCUGGCUUUUGUUGACAUGGUUGCCCGUCCUUCAAUGGGACUUGUGGCAAACACUAAGUGGGUCCGGCCCAGAAUACAGUACUUCUUUGCUGCCUCUGUGCUCUACAAUGGUGUCUGUCACAUUCUAGCACCGAUAUCAGUAAACUACACAGGGUUUGUGAUAUAUGCCAUGUUCUUUGGGUUUGCUUUUGGCUGGCUAAGCUCAGUGCUGUUUGAGACCUUAAUGGACCUGGUGGGGGCCCAGCGCUUCUCCAGUGCUGUUGGGCUGGUCACUAUUGUGGAGUGUGGUCCUGUACUGCUAGGCCCCCCUUUGCUUGGGAAGUUUAAAGACAUCUAUCAUGAUUACAAGUACACAUACCAGGGCUGUGGGAUCCUCCUCAUCGUCUCCAGUGUCUUCCUUUUUGUAGGAAUGGGACUCAACUAUCGAUUCCUGGAUAAAGAGAAGAAAGAGGAGGAGAGGAAGGCCAGGGUGGGGGGUCGAGAACAAAAGUCCAACAGGGACAACGCUGCCAAGGAGGUAGCAGAGGCUAGGAACACAGAAGACACUGUCUAAUUCUCUGUGUACCCUGUUAAGCUACUUUUUUGGUUGUUUUCUGAGGCAGAUAUACAGUACAUAUGAUGAAUGGGUGAGUUAAAGAAGACAACAGAUGAAAAAUCUUCUGUUUCAUUUGUUUAAAUGGCACAUACAUUUGAGUCCCAUCAUUUCAAUGUAAAAUAUUUAAACACAUAUUAAAACCCUUUAAGCUCUAAUGAAUUACCAACUUAAAAUACCUCUGAUAUUCUUACAGGGAUUGUUAUAUAUAUGUGUGAUAGACUAUUAAGGAUUGCUUAGCAUAUAUAUGUUUGGGGUAUUAUUAAAAUGUAAUUUAAUAGUAUCAUAAUCACCACUAUAUAAGUUUAUUAACCCUCUACAAUGUACCAUAUGAUAAUUAAAGAUAUUUUCAGUAUGGAGCAUUCAAAGUGCAGCGCUGUAUUUUUUUUUAAAGCUGACUGCAAACAUGUUAUGUGAAAGUGUGUAAUUAAAGCAAUCACCUUGCUUUGCCUGGCACAUUAGCCCAUGUUAGCUCUAAACACACAUAUUCAUAUUUUUUGUCCUGUUCACAAGGAGCAUGUAGUUUAUGGAAGAUAUGGAAAUAUCCUUGUUACCAAUUUUGUGUCUUUAACAAAUAUAUUCAGUACUAUUUCUCAUUCAAAUAUCCAAUAUUGUCAGUUUCUUGUUGAUGAAAAUUAGUAAUACUUUGGAGAGUAUUAACAUUUUACAGCUUUGUGUACUCACAAUAGGAAUAUGUGCCACUGACUGCAAGUAUAUUAUAUGGAUCACGUGUUAGGUCAA